AGUUGCUACUCGGUUCGGUCCUCUCAAAUCUUUUUCUUCCCUUCUUUCUUUAUCUUUCUUCCUCCUGCUUGCUACUGGGUUUGGUCUUCUCGAAUCAUCUUCUUCCCUUCUUUCUUUCCCUUUCUUCUUCCUGCUUGUUGUUGGGUUUGGUCCUCUUGAAUCAUCUUCUUCCCUUAUUUCUUUCUUUUUCUUCCUCUUGCUUGUUGUUGGAUUCAAUACUGAACCCAAUAGAGCUGCGAUCCACCGAACCCAGCUACUGGGUUUGAUGAAACCCAAAUCUGCUCUGAAUUCCGUCAAACCCAGAUCUGCUUUGGGGUUCCUGGAAGCCAGCUGUGCUGGGUUUGACGGAACCCAGAGCAAAUCUAGGUUCCGCUGAACCCAGAGCAAAUCUGGGUUCGACAGGCCUUCUCUUUUCCCUGACCCUAAUACAAAUCUUCUUCCCAGUCUUUUGCUCACUCUUAAACCCUAGAUAAUUUCCUCUCGAUUUCAUCCAUUUUUCAUUGCUCAAUCCCAACUUCAUCGCAUACCUCAGAAUCAUUGGUCUCUGCUUAUGCAAUGGUGGCCUGCAAAUGCCGAAAGGAAAUCUCCCUUUCCUUCUCUAUGAAAGUGAUCUGCUUUGUGAUUUUCUACAUUCUAGAUUUAGAAUCGCUGUGCUGGGCCAUUUUGAAGUUUUGUUAGAACUCUCUGGAAAAUCUGUAAUUCGGUACUGGAGGUUUCAAAAUCUGUUUCUGUUUGUGAUUCAACAACUUGGCAAUCUGUGUUUUGAUUAAUAAAUGUCUCUGUUCUAUGUUCUCCAUGCUUUUUGUUUCACGCAACAAGGUAAUACUGUUUCGUGCGUAAGGUUCCUGUUUCAAUCAGUGUUUUGAAAUAAGUAUUGUAUUAAUGA